ACGACGGGGGGAGGUGCUGUACGUCCAAGAUGGCGGCGCCCUGUAGGCUGGAGGAACUGUGAGGUAAACAGCUGAGGGGGAGGAGACGGUGGUGACCAUGAAAGACACCAGGUUGACAGCACUGGAAGCUGAAGUACCAAUUUUCCCCAGAACAGUCUGGUAGUGGCCCUAAUGAAGAGCCUUCAGAGCCUGUAGCACACAUCCUGGAGCCGGCACAGCACCUUCGUGUGAGAGAAUGGCCCAACAAGCGAACGUCGGGGAGCUCCUCUCCAUGCUGGACUCCCCGAUGCUGGGUGUGCGUGAUGACGUGACAGCUGUCUUUAAGGAGAACCUCAAUUCUGACCGUGGUCCCAUGCUUGUUAACACCUUGGUGGAUUAUUACUUGGAUACCAAUUCUCAGCCAGUAUUGCACAUCCUGACUACCUUGCAAGAGCCACAUGACAAGCACCUCUUGGACAAAAUUAACGAAUAUGUGGGCAAAGCCACCACUCGGUUAUCCAUCCUCUCAUUACUGGGGCAUGUCAUAAGACUGCAGCCAUCUUGGAAGCAUAAGCUCUCUCAAGCACCUCUUUUGCCUUCUUUACUAAAAUGUCUCAAGAUGGACACUGAUGUCGUGGUCCUCACUACAGGUGUCUUGGUGUUGAUAACUAUGCUACCAAUGAUUCCACAGUCUGGGAAGCAGCACCUCCUUGAUUUCUUUGACAUUUUUGGCCGCCUUUCAUCAUGGUGCCUGAAGAAACCAGGCCACGUGGCAGAAGUGUAUCUCGUCCAUCUCCAUGCCAGUGUGUAUGCGCUCUUCCAUCGCCUUUAUGGAAUGUACCCUUGCAACUUCGUCUCCUUUCUGCGUUCUCACUAUAGCAUGAAAGAAAACCUGGAGACUUUUGAAGAAGUGGUCAAGCCAAUGAUGGAGCAUGUGCGAAUUCAUCCGGAAUUAGUGACUGGAUCAAAGGACCACGAACUGGACCCUCGAAGGUGGAAGAGAUUAGAAACUCAUGACGUUGUAAUAGAGUGUGCCAAAAUCUCUCUGGACCCUACAGAAGCCUCAUAUGAAGAUGGCUAUUCUGUGUCUCACCAAAUCUCAGCCCGCUUUCCUCAUCGUUCCACUGAUGUCACCGCCAGCCCUUAUGUUGACACACAGAAUAGCUAUGGGAAUGCUACUUCUACCCCUUACUCUACUCGGCUGACGUUGUUAAACAUGCCAGGGCAGCUACCUCAGUCUCUGAGUUCCCCGUCGACACGGCUGAUAUCUGAGCCCCCACAAGUAUGGAGUCAAGCUACUGUUUGGAGCCCAUCUAUGGUUUGUGGUAUGACCACUCCUCCAACUUCUCCUGGAAAUGUCCCACCUGAUUUGUCACACCCUUACAGUAAAGUCUUUGGUACAACUGGUGGAAAAGGAACUCCUUUGGGAACCCCGGCAACCUCUCCUCCUCCAGCCCCACUCUGCCAUUCGGAUGACUAUGUGCACAAUUCACUCCCCCAGGCCACAGUUACGCCCCCCAGGAAGGAAGAGAGAACAGAUUCUGCAAGGCCAUGUCUACAUAGACAACAUCAUCUUGCGAAUGACAGAGGAUUAGAAGAGCUAUCAGGCAGCAAAGGUGCUGUCACUCUAAGUGAUCUUCCAGGGUUUUUAGGUGAUUUGGCCUCUGAAGAAGAUAGUAUUGAAAAAGAUAAAGAAGAAGCUGCAAUAUCUAAAGAACUUUCUGAGAUCACUACAGCAGAGGCCGAGCCCAUGGUUCCUCGAGGAGGUUUUGACUCUCCCUUCUACCGAGAUAGUCUCCCAGGCUCUCAGCGGAAGACCCAUUCAGCAGCCUCCAGUGCUCAGGGUGCCUGCGUGAACCCUGAGCCUCUGCACUCCUCCCUGGACAAGCUUGGGCCUGACACACCAAAGCAAGCCUUUACUCCCAUAGACCUCCCUUGUGGCGGUGCUGAUGAAAGCCCUGCUGGAGACAGGGAACGCCAGACUUCCUUGGAGACCAGUAUCCUCACUCCUAGCCCUUGUAAAAUUCCACCUCAGCGGGCAGUGGGCUUUGGGAGCGGGCAGCUUCCCCCGUACGAUCAUCUUUUUGAGGUGGCCUUGCCAAAGACAGCCCAUCAUUUUAUCAGCAAGAAGACUGAGGAACUGUUAAGGAAAGCAAAAGGAAAUGCCGAGGAAGAUUUCAUGCCCUCUACCUCCCCCUUGGAAGUACUGGACAGGCUGAUACAGCAGGGAGCAGAUGCACACAGCAAGGAGCUGAACAAGUUGUCUUUACCCAGCAAGUCUGUCGACUGGACCCAUUUUGGAGGCUCUCCUCCCUCAGAUGAGAUCCGCACCCUCCGAGACCAGUUGCUUUUACUGCACAACCAGCUACUGUAUGAGCGUUUCAAGAGGCAGCAGCACGCUCUCCGGAACAGGCGGCUGCUGCGCAAGGUGAUCAAAGCAGCAGCUCUGGAGGAACAUAACGCUGCCAUGAAAGAUCAGUUGAAGUUACAAGAGAAAGACAUCCAGAUAUGGAAGGUUAGUCUGCAGAAAGAACAAGCCAGAUACAGUCAGCUUCAGGAACAGCGUGACACUGUGGUAACCCAGCUCCACAGCCAGAUCCGACAGCUGCAGCAUGACCGAGAAGAAUUCUACAACCAGAGCCAGGAAUUACAGACAAAGCUGGAGGACUGCAGGAACAUGAUUGCAGAGCUGCGGAUAGAACUAAAGAAGGCCAACAACAAGGUGUGUCACACCGAACUGCUGCUCAGUCAAGUUUCUCAGAAGCUCUCAAAUAGUGAGUCGGUCCAGCAGCAGAUGGAGUUCUUGAACAGGCAGCUGUUGGUUCUUGGGGAGGUCAACGAGCUGUAUUUGGAGCAACUGCAGAACAAGCAUUCAGACACCACCAAGGAAGUAGAAAUGAUGAAAGCUGCAUAUCGGAAAGAACUAGAAAAAAACAGAAACCAUGUUCUCCAGCAGAAUCAGAGGCUUGAUACCUCCCAGAAACGAAUUUUGGAACUGGAAUCUCAUCUGGCUAAGAAGGACCACCUUCUUCUGGAACAGAAGAAGUAUUUAGAGGAUGUCAAACUUCAGGCAAGAGGACAACUGCAGGCUGCAGAGAGCAGGUAUGAGGCACAGAAAAGGAUAACCCAGGUGUUUGAAUUGGAGAUCUUAGAUUUAUAUGGCAGAUUGGAGAAAGAUGGCCUCCUGAAAAAACUUGAAGAAGAAAAAACAGAAGCAGCUGAAGCAGCAGAAGAAAGGCUUGACUGUUGUAAUGAUGGCUGCUCAGAUUCCAUGGUAGGGCACAAUGAAGGGGCAUCUGGCCACAACGGUGAGACCAAGACCCCUCGGCCUGGGAGCACCCGGGGCAGUAGUGGAAGUCGAGGAGGCGGAGGCAGCAGCAGCAGCAGCAGUGAGCUUUCCACCCCAGAGAAACCUCCCAGUCAGAGGGCAGGCCCAUUCAGCAGUCGGUGGGAGAUGACCAUGGGAGAGCCCUCUACCAGCAUCCCCACAACUGUGGGCUCACUUCCCAGCUCGAAGAGCUUCCUGGGUAUGAAGGCCCGAGAGUUGUUUCGUAAUAAGAGUGAAAGCCAGUGUGAUGAGGACGGUGUGACCAUCAGUAGCCUUUCUGACAGCCUAAAGACAGAACUGGGCAAAGAUUCGGGUGUGGAAGCCAAGACUCCCCUGAACCUUGACGGCCCACACCCAUCUCCCCCAAACCCAGACAGUGUUGGACAGCUACGUAUCAUGGACUACAAUGAGACUCAUCAUGAACACAGCUAAGGAUGAGGGUCAAUCAGUGUUAACUUGCGUAUUGUUGGCACAGAACAGGAGGUGUGAAUGCACGUUUCAAAGCUUUCCUAUUUCUGGGGUCUGAGUGGCUGGUUCCUGCGGCAGAAGUGGGAUGGCGGUCCUGGACAGCUGCCUUAAUGCAGAAUGGUUUUUGGAUCUGGCGCUGAGCUGCCUCUUGGCCUUCCCCUCGACCCAUCCCAACCUCUCUUUCAUUUACCUGGCAGUGUAUACUAAUCCGAGGGCCAGUCGCGUUCCUCAGUACCUUUUCUUCCUUUCCUCCCAAAUGGUUGCAUCCUUUGAACCUGUGCAACAUGAGGCCAAAUUUAAUCUUUGA